AUGGAUGAAGAAGCUGAUUUAGAUCCAAGGCGACUUCAAUCCACUCUUAAAAUCAAUACAUCAUAUUCCCCCAUUCAACACAAAAUCUUUUAUUUUCCAUCAGGCUCUUUAAGUUCUCACAAAAAUUCUAUAGCAUUUACAGAAGAUGAGCUUGAUUCUAAUGCAGAAAAUCUCUAUAAUCAAAACCAAAGUAAAGAAGAAAUUUCUCAGUGCUCAGAGUAUGAAAAUUUUAUUGCUUAUCUUCCUCAAACUCCUAAUACAGAGUCUAAUAUAAAAACAUUGAAAAGAGACAGUAAGCUAUCAAUGCAAAUAACUGGCACAUUGAAUAUUGCAACAGAAGUAAUUUUUGAGAUCAGGCCAAGAAAUUCUAUCAAGUUAUUGAAAGAUGAAAUUGAUUGCUUAAAGCAGUCAUUAGACCUAUAUAAAAUUGAAUGUGAGAGAUAUACAAAGGAAAAUAAACAGCUUGUUUUUGAGAUUCAGCAAAACUCUAAAGAAUUGCAAAAUUCUUCACAAGAGCAGAUGAGGCAUAAAUCUGAAGCAAGUUUGCUUCAGAAAAAUCUAAAAGAGAUGGAAGAAGAAAUGAUAAAAAUUUUGGAAUCAGUUGAAAAUAUUAGCGAGGAUGAAGAUAAUACUAAUCAAAGUAAAAUCUCUAGACCUCAUUUGUUUAACCACAUUUCUAGCAAACUAGAAGUAAUUCGCUCUCGAAUGUAUAGAUAUAGAACAAAACAAGAAAAGCUGGAAAAUGACAUAAGACAUCUUAAUUCCACAAUAAAAUCUCUAGAAGAAAAAAAUUCAAUGGAGUGCUAUAACAGGAAAAUUGAGUCAGAUUUCAUAGAAAAUCAAAAUAUUCUUCAUGACAAUGCUUUUGAAGAUUUGAAAAAUUGUGUAAAAGACAAAGAUACAUAUAUUUCCCAACUAGAAAGCCAAAUUAGUAGCCUCAAGCUAGAAUUAGAAAAACAAAUAUCAGGCCGACUGUCAUUAGCAACUGAAGUAUCAUCUUCUGCAACUAAUGAUAAGCAAGGCUUAGAAGAAGAGACAAAAAAACUUGGAAAAAGAGCAAACAGCUUUGGCCCUGGUAUGGGGGAAAAUCUCCAAAAUGAGCAGCUCAUUUAUCAAGAUGUUUUGAAAGAUUUAAAAGAAAUCACAUCAAGAGCAACAAGGGCACUAGAUCACAGCAAUAUCAUGAAAAAAUCGAAUUCAGUGAAGAGCUCCCAAGCUCAAAGCACUUCUCCAUUUUUAAAGAAAAAAGAAAUAACUUUAAUAAAGCCAUUGGCGAGGAAACCUAAUGGUGAAUAUAUUAAAAAAACAGAAACUUUGACAAAGCAGCUGGAGUACGAAAGACUGAAAAAGAAAUAUGGAGGGAUUUCUCCUUUUAACUCCGGAAAAAAUAAAUAA